AUUCACACGGGUUAGAUAUAGAUGGAAGUAUAUUGUCAUGGGAUACAUUUCAAAGGCAAAAUAUUCCAAAGCGGAAAAAUUCAGGAUCUACAAAAGAAAUCAGCAGCCAGGGACUUUCUUUUUUUUUUUUGCAGCCAGGGACUUUCUCCGGUCAAAUCGCGCUGCUGUGACGCAAUCGGUCUCAAAAUACGUCCUUAGAAGGUCGCAGCCUUUUAAUUGGGACACAGCCAGUAGGUGGCGGUAUGUGCUUAGUUCACCAGUCCGCCAGAAAACGAAAGAAGAAGAAGAAGAGAAGCUCACAGUCAAGUCGAGCAGCAAUGUUCAUCAUGAGAGAUGAGAUGGAUGUGAUGUGCUGUAAAUCAGUAGGAACUGAUCUGUCUAUGCUGGAUAUUGAUGAUUUAAUGACAGAAAUCUCUCAGCUGAAGAAAGAGGUGGCGUUACUGGAGUCAAAGCUCAGACAGAGAGAUGAACUCAACACAAAGGACGUAUCUGGUGUCUCUCUCUGUGGCUUCACUGAUCAAACAUCUACAGAGCUUCUGGUUUCUGUCUGUAAUGGUGAAGACCAGAAGACAUCAGUGAAUCUGCUGGACUGUGGGAUGGAAGUGAAAGAAGAAGUCACAGAAGAACAGAUAGAUGAAGGUGGUUUGAUUUAUUCAGACCUGACGGAGGUCAAACAAGAAGUCACAGAAGCAAAAGAACAGACAGAUGAAGAUCUGAUAGUGAAGAAGGAAAGUUCACAACUCAAUAUAAUGGAGGAGACACCUCAUCAUUUCAUACCCAAGGAAGAAUCUCAGAGCUGCUUAAUAAUUGAGAAGAAUUUGUCACCAGAAAAGAGCAACAAGCAAAAAACAACAACAGCCAAGGAUCCUCUUGUGUGUCCUCAGUGCGGAAAGACUUUCAGCUGUAAUUCUAAACUUAAAAGGCACAUGAGUAUUCACACUGGAGAAGCCGCUCACACGUGUGCUCAUUGUGAAAAGAGCUUUAAAAGUAAAUACUAUCUUAAUGUGCACACAAGAAGACUUCACACUAGAGAAAAGCCUCACCAUGGAGAUACACCUUACAGAUGUGAUCAGUGUGGAAAGAGCUUUACAAGUAAAUGCUAUCUUAAUCUGCACACAAGAAGACUUCACACUGUAGUAAAGCCUCACAGAUGCGAUCAGUGCGGAAAGGCCUACAUUCGUAAGUGUGAACUUACCAUCCACAUGAGAGUUCACACUGGAGGUAAACCGUACAGCUGUGAUCAGUGUGGAAGGAGCUUCAGUCGUAAAACCAACCUUAAAGAGCACAUGGGCACUCACAUUGCAGAAAAGCCUUUUAGAUGUGAAAAGUGUGGAAAGAGCUUUGGUCGUAGGUCAUACUUUAAUGUGCACAUGAGAAAUCAUACAGGAGAAAAACCUUACAGCUGUGAUCAGUGUGGAAAGAGCUAUAUUCGCAAAUCUAGUCUUAAUGUGCACAUGAAAAUUCACACUAGAGAAAAGCCUCAGAUGUGAUCAGAAGAGGUGUAACGGUUCUCGAUAAAAAUCAGAACAGUGCCGUUCACCUACCUAGGGUCAGUACGUGGUUCAACCGCGGUACUGCAACGCAUCUAUAAUGAAAGUUUCGGUGAAGCAACGAAAACAGCUGAAGCUCUGUUAACCACUGCACGUGACUGUUCUGUUUCUUGUGUCUCACAUCCUUUAGGGGGUGUGUACACAAAAGCAUUUAAACGUGGUUGAAAACGGCAGGCAGACACAGACUGUUGUCGUUGCCAGCUUUUUUUUAGCUGAGCACUUUGUUUGCUAUGAUGCAUCUGCUUCGUUUGUCAGUCAUUGAACGAGGCAAUGGUUGAUUGUUGUGAUAUUUAUCCUGCCCCCACUGUGAUUGGACGCCCAGGGGGGAAGUGACAUUGAUGAGCUAAGCAUUUCCCCCGAAGUUGAACAUUUUUCAACUGUCGGUGCUCAGCACAGAAAAACCGUCGAGUGCAGGCGCUCAGUGCGAUCAAAACCCACCAGCUCCUAUUAGAAACAAUUGAAACAUACGUUGGCGUAAACGCCUUUGUGUGCAUGCCCCCUUACAGUAGUAAAGCUGUCCAGUAAAUUCAGUAUUCAAAACAAAACUGCGGACAUUGUUCUGCGCAAAUCCCGCUUGCAACUGUAUAACAUUAGACAUAAAUUACAAGUUACGAGUUAAUGCGCACACAUGGGAAAUACAUUGACAUUUUCAAUUUCUAACAUACCCAGGGAUCUCACAGCUUUCUGGAAUACCCCCCAGUGUGGUCCUGUAGACAAUACGCAGUCUCUCUCUCUCUCUCUCUCUCUCUCUCUCUCUCUCUCUCUCUCUCUCUCGUAUGUAUGUAUGUAUGUAUGUAUGUAUGUAUGUAAAUUACUGAACUGUGUGUGUAAAGAUUACAGAAUAGGAUUUAGUUAUAAAAGGUAAAGUGACAAACGAAUUUGCACUUUGUACGGGGCCAGUGUGGGUGACUUUGAGGAUAAAGUUUGCAGGGUAAUGGAUGAAAAUUUAAAAUUCAUGAAAAUAGAUAUUAAUAUAUCAGUACGAAUAUUUCAUAAGCAGAGCUUUUGAGGAAUUACAUGAAAAUCUUUAUUUGUCACAUUGUAAUAAUGUAUUACAAUUUUUUUCUGUUUAUCCACAGUUUCAGAUUAUUUUUGGUGGAAAAAUAAAAUAAACAAUGCUGAAAAAAAUGUGAUUUUUUUUUUAACACAAUAUUUUAUUAUAAUUUGAAGUAGUGUAAAGGCCUAAUGGUCGAGGAGCAGAAGUCGCAGCUUGCAACUGUUAGUAUAAAAUCUAAUUUAUUCAUAUUAACAGCAUUAUAACAUCUUUUGUACCUACAAUUUCUUAACUUCAAGUUUAAAUACUUAACUUUUUAUUCCAACCAACAUUAUGAGAUAACUAAGUAUUUUAGGUGUAUUUUUAGAGUGGUUACUCUUUCAAUUCUUAAAUGUAAAAUAGCUUACAACUUUUUAUACUUACUAUCCACUUAACUACUUAACUAGACCACUUAAGCUGUUUAAUGUAGUUGAUGAGUGUUUAACACACUUUGUGUAGUAGUUUAUGUAGUUGUUGAGUCUUUCGCCCUCUGGAGAAAUUUAAAUGCGCUUAUAACGGUCAUGGUUAACGGUCGAGGGGCAGAAGUCGCAGCUUGCAGCUGUUAAUAUUAUAUAUAAUUUACUCAAAUGAACAGCACUAUAACAUCUUAUGUGCCAACAAUUUCUGCACUUCAUGUUUUAAUACUUAACUUUUAAUGUAAUCCAGCAUUAUCAGGUAAAUAUAGUAUUUUAGACGACUGUUACCUCACGCUUGUAAAACCGGUGAGUAAUUCUCAUUUCUUGAAUGUUAAAUCCUAUAGGCUACUGACUAAUAAAGAUAAACGCGUUUAUCUUAGUUAUUUAUUUAAUAAUAAAGAAAUUGACUAUAAAUUAUUUGAAUGAAUAAGCCAAAUAACUUUGUCAAUUUAAAGAUGAAACGUGAACCCUGUGAUCUUUCACUUAUCUGACUGGAGUUUUGAUGUGUAAUGUGUUGUGUGCAACUCACC